AUGUCUGCUACCUGGUUCGACCAACAGAAGAGGUCCUUCGCGGACGUCAAGAUCGAUGCUGCCAACGACAACGGCAUCUCGACCACCGAGUUCCUUGAAGCUGCUGAGUCCCUCACCACUCUUUUCGACGUUCUCGGCUCCAAGGCUUUCACUCCUGUCAAGAGUGAUUUGACCAACAACAUCAAGAAAGUCAGGGAGAGGCAGCUGGCUGCCCCCGCUGAGUCUGAGACUCUCCAGGCUCUUGUUGUCAACGAGCUGAAGACCAAGAAGCACGUCGCUUCUGAAGGUCUGCUCUGGCUUGUCAGAGGUCUUGACUUCACCGCCCAGGCCCUCCGCCACAACCUGAACAACGGCAGCACCGAGCUGUCCGACUCCUUCCGUGAAGCCUACGGCAACACCCUCAAGCCCCACCACUCCUUCGUUAUCAAGCCCAUCUUCUCUGCUGCUAUGUCGGCUACCCCCUACCGCAAGGACUUCUACGCCAAGCUUGGUGAGGACCAGGCCAAGGUCAACGAGUCCCUGAACGCCGAGGUGGUGGCUCUUGAGAAGAACGUCGCCAUCCUCAAGGAGUUCCAGGGCCGUAAGGAGGCGAAGUGGUAG